CUCCGUUUCUAAGCGCCGCGAUCUCGCCUAGUAACCAGCCGCCACCGGUCGAAAGCUGUGCUGUGGCCCCGCCCCCGGAGCCACCGCUGGAGAAGAACCUGUCUUUCGCGGCGCUCCAGUGACGAAGCCCAUCCUCGGGUGCGGGAGGCGAGUAGGGGAGGGCAGGCAGAGGAUUUUGCUCGCUCGUGCGAGAACCGGGACGUGCAGGCGGCGCCCGCUCCGAGCAGAGAUAUAGACUGUCAGUUUUGGAUCCAAGGAUAGUGAUGGCAAAGCUAACCCCGGCUCCCUGUCAAAUCAAAGCUGUCACAGAAUAAAUCCCGCUGCCUGCUGUGAAGCCCCCGCGCACUGCAAACUUCAGUGAGCAGACUGGGUAAUCAGUGUUUGGAUAUGCAGAUCCCUGAUUUAAAAGGCGGGGUGACCCCGCCAAGAACCUCUCCCCGGGGCCGAAGCCCGCAGGUGCAGUGAGGCGUGCGCGCGGGUGCUGGCGCCCGCGAAGACUCCUUGCCCGGGGAGAGAGAGCCGGGGCGCCCGGCGGGGUCUGGCGGCCGCGCACCGGCGGCUUCUCUCCGGCGGCGGCGGAUGAUGGUGGCGGCCGGCGCGCUGGGCUGUGUCUGUGCGUCGCCGCGGAAAUCAGCGCCCGGCGCUGCACGCUGAGCCCUUGCAGGUCCUCCGCAGCCCGAGCCUUGGCGAGGACAGACUAGGGGCGCAGGGGCCGCGGACCGCGCGCAGGGGGACCGGGGGCGCUGGGGUCGGCUUAUCAUGGCGGAUCGGACAGCUCCCAGCUGCCAGCUCCGGCUGGAGUGGGUGUACGGGUACCGGGGUCACCAGUGCCGCAACAACCUGUACUACACCGCCGGCAAGGAGGUGGUCUACUUUGUGGCUGGGGUCGGGGUGGUUUACAACACCCGCGAGCACAGCCAAAAAUUCUUCCUGGGACACAACGACGACAUUAUCAGCCUUGCCUUACACCCAGAUAAAACUCUCGUUGCAACUGGCCAAGUUGGGAAGGAGCCGUAUAUAUGUAUAUGGGAUUCCUAUAAUGUCCAGACUGUGUCUAUUCUUAAAGAUGUUCAUACACAUGGAGUCGCCUGCCUGGCUUUUGACUCAGAUGGACAGCGUUUAGCCUCUGUGGGAUUGGAUGCCAAAAACACAGUCUGCAUCUGGGACUGGAGGAGGGGAAAACUUCUGGCUUCAGCCACUGGCCACUCUGACCGGAUUUUUGAUAUUUCCUGGGAUCCAUAUCAGCCAAACAGAGUGGUUAGCUGUGGAGUAAAACAUAUAAAGUUCUGGACACUAUGUGGAAAUGCCCUAACUGCAAAACGAGGGAUAUUUGGCAAAACAGGGGACCUUCAGACCAUCCUUUGCCUUGCAUGUGCCAAAGAUGAUAUCACCUACUCUGGUGCUUUAAAUGGUGACAUCUAUGUCUGGAAAGGGCUCAAUUUAGUCCGCACCAUUCAAGGAGCACACAGUGCUGGAAUCUUUAGCAUGUAUGCUUGUGAAGAAGGCUUUGCCACUGGUGGACGAGAUGGGUGUAUACGAUUAUGGGAUACUGAUUUCAAACCAAUAACCAAAAUUGAUCUCAGGGAGACAGAACAAGGAUAUAAAGGCCUCUCUAUCCGGAGUGUGUGCUGGAAAGCAGACCGCCUCCUCGCAGGGACCCAGGACAGUGAGAUAUUUGAAGUGAUCGUUCGUGAGCGAGACAAACCGAUGCUGAUCCUGCAAGGCCACUGUGAGGGGGAGCUCUGGGCUCUGGCCCUGCACCCCAAGAAGCCACUGGCUGUGACAGGUAGUGAUGACCGCUCUGUCAGGCUGUGGAGCCUGGCUGACCGUGCCCUGAUCGCCCGCUGUAACAUGGAGGAAGCAGUUCGCAGUGUUGAUUUCAGCCCGGACGGAUCUCAGUUGGCCUUGGGCAUGAAAGACGGCUCUUUCAUUGUUCUCCGAGUCAGAGACAUGACAGAAGUGGUUCAUAUCAAAGAUCGCAAAGAAGUCAUUCAUGAAAUGAAAUUUUCUCCAGAUGGAUCUUAUCUUGCAGUGGGGUCCAAUGAUGGCCCAGUAGACAUCUAUGCUGUUGCCCAGCGGUAUAAGAAAAUAGGAGAAUGCAACAAGUCUCUUAGUUUCAUUACGCACAUUGACUGGUCUUUGGAUAGUAAAUACUUGCAAACUAAUGAUGGUGCAGGUGAACGACUGUUCUACAAAAUGCCAUCUGGGAAGCCUUUAACAAGUAAAGAAGAAAUCAAAGGGAUUCCCUGGGCCUCCUGGACAUGUGUGAAAGGUCCUGAAGUGAGUGGAAUUUGGCCAAAAUACACUGAUGUGACUGACAUCAAUUCAGUGGAUGCAAAUUAUAACAGUUCAGUGCUGGUGUCUGGAGAUGAUUUUGGACUGGUUAAAUUAUUUAAAUUUCCUUGUCUCAAGAAAGGAGCCAAAUUUAGAAAGUAUGUGGGCCAUUCUGCACACGUCACAAAUGUCCGCUGGUCCCACGAUUUUCAGUGGGUAUUAAGUACAGGAGGAGCUGACCACUCCGUUUUCCAGUGGAGAUUUAUUCCAGAAGGUAUCAGCAAUGGCCUGUUGGAAACUGCACCCCAGGAAGGUGGCUCUGAUUCCUACAGCGAAGAAUCUGAUUCGGAUUUAUCUGAUGUGCCAGAGUUGGACUCUGAUAUUGAGCAAGAAACUCAAAUCAAUUACGAUCGCCAGGUUUACAAAGAAGACCUACCUCAGCUAAAGCAACAAAGUAAAGAGAAAAACCAUGCAGUGCCCUUCCUCAAACGAGAAAAGGCUCCUGACGACAGCUUGAAACUCCAAUUCAUACAUGGUUACAGAGGCUAUGACUGUAGAAACAAUCUGUUCUACACACAAACUGGAGAAGUGGUCUAUCACAUUGCUGCAGUUGCUGUCGUGUACAACAGGCAACAACACUCCCAGAGGCUGUAUCUGGGGCAUGAUGAUGAUAUACUCAGCCUGACCAUCCACCCAGUGAAGGACUAUGUGGCCACCGGGCAGGUUGGAAGAGAUGCUGCUGUUCAUGUGUGGGACACACAAACUUUGAAAUGUUUGUCGCUAUUGAAAGGACAACAUCAGAGAGGAGUAUGUGCGCUGGAUUUCUCAGCUGAUGGAAAAUGUCUGGUGUCAGUUGGUUUAGAAGAUUGUCACAGCAUUGUGUUUUGGGACUGGAAAAAGGGAGAAAAGAUAGCAACAACAAGAGGACAUAGAGAUAAAAUAUUUGUGGUAAAGUGUAACCCACACCAUACUGAGAAACUGGUUACAGUUGGGAUGAAGCACAUCAAAUUCUGGCAACAAGCAGGUGGGGGCUUCACGUCUAAAAGAGGGAUUUUUGGAAGUGCUGGAAAAUUGGAAACAAUGAUGUGUGUUUCUUACGGGCGAAUGGAGGAUCUAGUGUUCUCCGGAGCAGCGACUGGAGAUAUUUUUAUUUGGAAAGAUAUUCUACUACUAAAGACAGUGAAAGCUCAUGAUGGGCCUGUGUUUGCUAUGUAUGCAUUGGAUAAGGGUUUUGUAACAGGUGGAAAGGAUGGAAUUGUGGAGCUCUGGGAUGAUAUGUUUGAAAGAUGCUUGAAGACUUAUGCCAUUAAAAGAGCAGCAUUGUCGACUAGCUCAAAAGGCUUGCUUUUGGAAGAUAACCCUUCGAUUCGUGCCAUCACUUUGGGACAUGGACAUAUCCUGGUGGGAACAAAAAAUGGAGAGAUCUUGGAAAUUGAUAAAAGUGGCCCAAUGACUCUGCUUGUUCAGGGGCACACAGAAGGAGAAGUGUGGGGGCUGGCAGCUCACCCUUUCCUGCCCAUCUGUGCAACAGUGAGUGAUGAUAAAACACUUCGGAUCUGGGAAUUAUCCUCCCAGCACCGUAUGCUGGCAGUUCGGAAACUCAAAAAAGGUGGAAGAUGCUGUGCCUUCUCCCCUGAUGGGAAAGCCUUAGCAGUUGGCUUGAACGAUGGGAGUUUCCUGGUUGUAAAUGCUGACACUGUUGAAGAUAUGGUGUCCUUCCAUCACAGAAAAGAAAUGAUCUCUGAUAUUAAGUUUUCAAAAGAUACAGGAAAAUACCUUGCUGUGGCAUCCCAUGAUAACUUUGUGGAUAUUUACAACGUGCUCACAAGCAAAAGGGUGGGCAUCUGUAAAGGUGCUUCUAGUUAUAUUACACAUAUUGACUGGGACUCCAGAGGAAAAUUACUGCAAGUUAAUUCGGGUGCCAAAGAACAACUCUUUUUUGAAGCGCCAAGAGGCAAACGGCACAUCAUAAGACCUUCAGAGAUUGAAAGGAUAGAAUGGGACACAUGGACCUGCAUCCUGGGGCCCACCUGUGAGGGAAUCUGGCCGGCUCAUAGCGAUGUGACUGAUGUAAAUGCUGCCAGCCUUACCAAAGACUGUUCCCUCUUGGCCACUGGAGAUGAUUUUGGUUUUGUUAAGCUUUUUUCAUAUCCUGUCAAGGGCCAGCAUGCAAAGUUCAAGAAGUAUGUGGGGCACAGCGCACACGUCACCAAUGUGAGAUGGCUGCACAACGACUCUGUGCUGCUCACAGUAGGUGGCGCCGACACAGCCUUGAUGAUCUGGACGCGGGAGUUUGUGGGGACUCAGGAGAGCAAGUUGGUGGACAGUGAGGAGUCAGAUACUGAUGCAGAGGAGGAUGGAGGCUAUGACAGUGACAUCGCCAGAGAGAAGGCUAUUGAUUACACCACCAAGAUCUAUGCUGUGAGCAUCAGGGAAAUGGAAGGCACCAAGCCACACCAGCAGCUGAAAGAAGUUUCAGUGGAAGAAAGGCCGCCCGUCAGCAGAGCAGCUCCCCAGCCUGAGAAACUCCAGAAGAACAACAUCACCAAAAAAAAGAAGCUGGUAGAGGAGCUGGCUCUCGACCAUGUGUUUGGCUACAGAGGAUUCGACUGUCGCAAUAACCUGCAUUACCUGAAUGACGGGGCUGACAUCAUCUUCCACACGGCAGCAGCUGGCAUCGUUCAGAACCUGUCCACAGGGAGCCAGAGCUUCUACCUGGAGCACACAGAUGACAUCCUCUGCCUCACAGUGAACCAGCACCCCAAGUACCGAAACGUGGUGGCCACCAGCCAGAUAGGUGAUGUUCUGGAGACCCCAGGAACGACACCUUCCAUCCACGUGUGGGAUGCCAUGACCAAACACACGCUCUCCAUGUUGAGGUGCUUCCACUCAAAGGGGGUGAACUACGUCAACUUCAGUGCGACUGGAAAGCUGCUUGUCUCGGUGGGAGUGGACCCUGAGCACACCAUCACUGUCUGGCGUUGGCAGGAAGGUGCCAAGGUUGCCAGCCGAGGGGGUCACCUGGAGCGCAUAUUUGUGGUGGAAUUUCGGCCCGACUCAGACACGCAGUUUGUAUCUGUUGGGGUCAAACAUAUGAAGUUCUGGACCCUGGCUGGCAGUGCCCUGCUUUACAAGAAAGGGGUCAUCGGGUCCAUGGAGGCGGCCAAGAUGCAGACGAUGCUCUCCGUGGCCUUCGGUGCUAACUACCUCACUUUCACGGGUGCCAUCAAUGGAGAUGUCUACGUGUGGAAGGACCACUUCCUCAUCCGGCUGGUGGCCAAGGCUCACACAGGCCCCGUCUUCACAAUGUACACGACCCUUCGGGAUGGACUCAUAGUGACUGGUGGCAAAGAGCGGCCGACCAAAGAAGGAGGUGCCGUAAAACUGUGGGACCAGGAGAUGAAGCGCUGCCGGGCCUUCCAGCUGGAGACGGGGCAGCUGGUUGAGUGCGUGCGCUCCGUGUGCCGCGGCAAAGGAAAGAUUUUAGUGGGAACCAAAGAUGGAGAAAUAAUUGAAGUUGGUGAAAAAAAUGCUGCUUCCAACAUCCUGAUUGAUGGACACAUGGAGGGGGAGAUCUGGGGCCUGGCCACACACCCCUCCAAGGACAUCUUCAUGUCUGCCAGCAACGAUGGCACAGCCCGCAUCUGGGACCUGGCUGACAAGAAACUGCUAAACAAGGUGAACCUGGGCCAUGCGGCCAGGUGUGCAGCCUACAGCCCUGAUGGGGAGAUGGUGGCUAUUGGCAUGAAGAAUGGAGAAUUUGUCAUCUUGUUGGUAAAUGGCCUGAAAGUUUGGGGGAAAAAACGAGACCGGAAGUCUGCUGUUCAAGAUAUCAGAAUCAGCCCAGACAGCAGAUUCUUAGCUGUUGGUUCUUCCGAACACACAGUUGACUUCUAUGACCUCACUCAGGGCACGAGCCUGAAUCGCAUUGGUUACUGCAAAGAUAUCCCAAGUUUUGUCAUUCAGAUGGAUUUUUCUGCAGAUGGCAAAUACAUCCAGGUGUCAACAGGAGCUUAUAAGCGCCAGGUGCAUGAGGUCCCCCUGGGGAAGCAGGUAACCGAAGCCAUGGUCAUUGAGAAGAUCACCUGGGCCUCCUGGACAAGCAUUCUGGGAGACGAAGUCAUUGGCAUCUGGCCACGAAAUGCAGACAAGGCUGAUGUGAACUGCGCAUGUGUGACCCACGCUGGCCUGAACCUUGUCACAGGAGAUGACUUUGGGCUGGUGAAGCUCUUUGAGUUUCCAUGCACAGAAAAAUUUGCCAAACAUAAGCGAUACUUUGGUCAUUCAGCUCAUGUGACAAACAUCCGUUUCUCUCAUGAUGACAAGUAUGUGGUCAGCACUGGAGGAGACGACUGCAGUGUAUUUGUGUGGCGAUGUCUAUAAUGCCGGAAACCUCGUCAUUUUUUGCUGACACUGCCACCACCCAGCAACUGCAGAGGCAGUGACGGGGCAUCUUGUCACCACCCGCCAUGGGCAACACACUGAAGGGGUAUGAGUGCCCCCACUCUGCGAUCUCCAAAACUGUGAUGCCAAGAAGAAAGGUCAGUUCUCAAACGUUAAGGCUGCUUGCCUCUGUUCCUGAGACUAUACCUACUAAGUACAUUGACAAAAAAAUCCUAUCCAAUAAUGUAGCCCACUAACAAAAUUUAAAGCCUCGGUUACCCUUAACAAUAUGUAGCUUUUAGUUUGCAUCAAACCUUUUACAAAAAAGAUGAUUUACUAUUACGUUUCUAUAUACUUUAAAAAUGUUCAUUUUUACAAAUUAGUUGGAACAAGACAGCUUAAGUUAGAUGCACUGAAGUACCAGAAAUAUCGAUAGCCUCUGUUCUCCACAUUUAGCUUUCAAACCAAAUGAGCCAUGUAUAAACAAGUUGAGAAACUUAAUUUUUUAAUAUUUCAUUUGCAGAGUUUUAUAUCCAUUAAGUGCCUUUGAAAGUUUCCAGUUGUGUGGGCUGCUGUCUCACCUCCCACAAAUUAUCUCCUUUCUGCAUAUGGUGCUAAAACUUCAAAACUGAGGAGGGCUACAGGACCCUCAGCAGAUUCCUGGUCUGUCACCCAUGUCAUGUGUUCAUGUCAAGGCUUCCUAAAUGAAAGACAUCAGUUACCUGCUUAGGAAAUAGUGGUUAUAGGAAGGUGAGCAGCAAAGAAACGUCAAUUCAGGAGGGAGGGUAUAGAAUGGGUUUUCAUUGUGUUCAGUGCCAAACUCACAAAAUCCAAAAUAAAAUUCAAAUAAACCUCUACUGCUACAAAGUAGAAACAAAAAAUAAAAAUUCAAGUGGGUUCAAAUAGGCUGAUUUAUCUUGUUAUAAAAUGGUAAUCAGUGAGGUGAGAAGAGGCUGUAACUGGGUUUACCACUCCCAGAAUGGGGUUGACUUGACCCACUGAUUUGCUUCAGGUGAAAUAUAUAGGAGAAGCCUGAAUUUAAAUGUCUCUGCAAUAUAAAUUUCUAAGCCCAAGCAAUACUUGGUAAAUCAAGCUCAAACAAAAUAUCUAGCUUAGAGUCCCUUGGAGUUGGUUGGAUGACAGAAUAUGACUUGGAAAAUAUUAACCAGAAGACAUCCCUAACCCACCUCAGUCAUACUUCACACUUGGCCUCCCACUGGCUACAGGAGGGGCUGACGGCACACACCGCAAGGAAGGCCCGUGAGGGACUGGUUACUCUGGGCACGUACAUACCAAUUAGUCCUUCCGGUCAGUAAACUAGAAUUCUGGAUCUUGAGUUACUGGCUAUUUGCAGUUGUCAGUUUAGAGAAAAGGUGAAAUGAAGCAGUUUCAUUUAAAUAGAUUAACAUUUAUCACAGAAGUGCUUCAGCAUUCUAAAUGGAUUAAAUCACUCACUGAACUAUUUUUAUAUGCCAAAUUAUUAAUGCCUUACAUCAAUCCACCAAUAGGUUGUCGGGCCCCCAGUUAGAGUCCCUACUCAGUCCUGAUUGUUUUCCGUAUCAUGUGACUGGUGAUGCUGAGUGAUAACCAUGUCUGCCUCUACUGUACCACUGACCUUUCAUAAUUGGAUCUUGCAUUGAAAUAACCAUGUGGAAGAACAAAUUGAUCAAUGAUGAUAUGUACAAUUAUAUUUAAAGAGCAAUAGUGUGUGUCCAGAAAACUUCUUAAAUCUUAUUUGUAAACAUUUAUAUGGUAUGAUUUUAUGUUCACAAAUCUUACACUGUAUUCUACUAUGUUAAAAUACUCUACUAUGUUAAAAUAUCGGUGCAUGAAUUUAUUUUCAAAGAAUAUAUAAUUUAAAAACAUUUUGGUAUGUGUCAAAUAAAUUUGAUUAUGUAAGGAUAGCUGCACUGUGAGCUGAAAGCCUUUCUGAAAGUGUAAGUGACCACUCACUGGUUGAAGCAAAGUCUACCCUUUGUGUAUCCAUCUGCAGCAGUUUGAUGAAACCAAAAUACCAAACAUAUUUUAAGUCUAUAAGCUUUAUUGAUACUUUGCUUUUACAGUUCACAAUGCAUUCCACAUAUUUAGUUCAGUACAGCUUAAACCACAAUUGUAUAAAUCAAUUUCUUACAUAACAAUGUUUGAUAUUUG